CUUGGAGAAGUACUCAUGACGUUUGCAAGUACCAGUGUAUCUCCGCGCUUGGUUGGGUCGACCGACACCAACAUGCGCACAGGACAUCCGACAUUGGACGGUGCGACUAAUCGUUUGGUAUGGCCUUGGUACAUUCACAUGUGCCUCUGCACGGGAGGUCUUCUUGUGUGCUGGUUUGCCAUGCUUCUGUCUCUUUCUAUCGUGCCCACAUCCACAGCUCGACUCGUCCUCCCAUGUUGCACAGCCGUUAUCGUUAUUCUUGGCGGCAUCGCUGUAUACGCGUUCUUGGCAUGGCUCUUGAUGCGUGUUCCAGUCACGUCCGAGUUUGGAUUCAAACUGUGGAAUCGACUCUUUCACCAUCCAGCCGCUCUGUCUCCCUUGCAUUCGUUUGACAACGACAGAAUCUUGCGAACUUUUGUCGAGAUGUGCACGUGGGUUGCCAUCGUGCUUGGGACGUAUGCGAUCUACCGCCGACCGCUCGUCGCCGUGCUGGUUGGUGGCAUUUCUGGUAUUUGGGUGGUGGCCAUCGGCGACUUUUUCGUUGUGUACAUUCGCGUCCAAAGUGAAUUUCAACGACGACAGCGGCCUCAACCUCUCGGCGACGACGACGGCAAAGCGAUGUCACCGUGGCGGCUGCAGUACGCUGUCAUGACGGUCUCGCUUGGUUACGUCGUCCUGGGUCUCGUUCGCCUCGUGUUCAACUUGGUCUGGUCUGCUGCAUCGGACUCGUCGGAAGCGACUGGGGAAGGCUCAAACUUGCUUUCUUUGCACAUCGACACGGGUGACCAGCAACUCAUAGCGUGGCAGUACAUGCUCAGUGUGCUGAUGGGCGUGUCGCUCAUCGUAACAAGCGAGCUCCUGAUGCUGUACGAACCAACGCGCGAGGCUGGCAUGGUGCUGCAAGCCCGCAUCGUUAACGCCAAGGCGAAUUGGCUCACGAACCCAGUUCGGUCCGUAGUCGAGGUCGCAUUUGUGUGUGGUGUGACAGCGGUCCUGAACCACUACGUGGACAACAUGACGCUGUCGCUACAAAUCGGCACCGUCAUGUGUACAGGCUUCAUCUUGUGCGGCGAGUACGCCGUGUAUUCCCGGGCGCGAGCAUCGCCUACCUUGCGUCCGCCAUACAACGAUCAUUGGAUGAAGGUGCUGCCUCUCCUGUCGUUGGCGGCGUUCAUGGUGUAUCAAAUCGGUCGGCUGUUUUUGCAGCGACAUCACGACAUCCUAACGGCGUUUGUCGUGCCGUCCUUGCUUGACCUCAUGGUCGUGGCAGCUGUGUCGAAAUCCGUGCGUUUGGACGACGUGUGGGCUCGCCUGCGGUCGUUUUGCCUCAACGCAACCCGUCACCCCGCCCGAACGACUCUGGAAGCGAUGGCGCACGCGUCGUUUCUUGCUGCGAUGAUGGGUCAACCCAACUCGGAUCAGCUGCCGCGCUGGACAAAGGUCGUUGCGACCCUUGCGUUCGACAUUGGGUUGGUGUACAUGCAGCGACUUGGCCCGAGCGUGUGGGACGCCAUCGAUGCCGUGCGAUAUGCGUCAUCCUGGCGCAUGGACGUCGAGGUAGUCGUACCUCGUGCCACGUCAUCGCGACCCGAACUCGCGCCCAACAGUACGCUCUUGAUUUGGGCCGUGCCGGAAGACGACGUUCUCGAGGCGGAUCCGUCGAUGUUUGCUGGGUCGCCGGGCAACCUGCGCAACCGUGAAAUCUGCCACAUCGUCCACGUGUCGACACUCAUCAACUUUAGUGUCAUGGUGUGUGUGUCGGUGGCUGGGUGUUGGUACGGCUUCGACCUCUUCCACCGUGUGGCCGGGAUCGCGUCGACCAUGGCCAUUUCCAUCUUUGUUUCGUGCUGUGCUGGCGUCGUGGUGGGCCUCUUCACGAGCUCAUCCCACGCGACGUUUCGAUUGCUACGACGCGUGGUUGUGCUGUCCAUCAAUCAGCAGUGCGUACUCCAUCCUGUCCAAGUCUUUGUCGAAGGCGCUGUGUGCCUCGGGGUUCUUGCUGGGACGUAUACCAUCUCUGGAACAUGGACGACGUCGGUCCUGCUCGCGACCGCAUCCGUGGUGGUUGUCGUCGGGGGAACGCGGUGGGUUGCGCAUCGGUGGUGGUGGCAGCGGUUCGUACCAACGACAGCAUCAACGUCGUUGCCGACCGAUCAAGCCACGUUUGCGGUCGUGUACUUUAUGGCACUGCUCUCGACGUACGCGCUGGGAAUGAGCUUAUUUUUCAUCUACAACUUCAUUGACCGCAUCGAAGUCGCGUUUUGCCUGGCGACGCUGUCGGGGGUCGUGUUUGUCGCCGCCAGUGAGCUGUGCAUUAUGUGGGGCCCGACGCGGGCAGCAGGCAUCGUCCUGCAGACCCGCGUGACGCACUGCGUUCAAAACUGGCAGGUUGAGCCGCUGCGAUCGUUCCUUGAGUGUCUUGUGUGGAUCUCAGUCACGUACGGCACGUUCGUGCUUUACCAUGACGUGGUCGUUGCGCUUCAUCUCGGCACGUUGUCCGGCAUUGUUGUCACCCUCGCUGGCGAAGUUUUCCGAAGCCAAUGGCACCUCCACCCGUCCCACCCGCAGAUAUCGCAAGACGGCAACGUGCACCAACGGCCCAAGGUCUUGCCGCUGCUUCUUUUGUUUGCCUACGUCGGGGCUGGCACGUUCCAGUGGAUUUUCGAGCACCUGCGACGGUUGGAAGUGACGGUGGCGCUCGCGACCGUUGCUGGCAUUGUGUUUCUGUGUGUCGCGGACGUGUUGGCGAUGUGGCGCCCGACUCGAUGGGCAGGUGUCAUCCUGCAAGAUCGGUUCUUGAAUGCCAGUGAGCAUUGGCAGAUGUUUCCCGUACGAAGUUUCGUCGAGUCGGGGUGUUUCUUGGGAGUAAUUUAUGGCAGUCACGCGAUCUACGGUGACUUGACCGUCGCCGUGCAGUGCGGUACACUAUCUGGGAUGCUAGUGACCUUGAUUGGUGAACAACUGAAGUCCCAUCGCCGCACGAUGUUGUCUGCUCCCCCGACUGGAGACAAGCAAAUAUUGCCGUUCCCCAUCAUUAGCGUGCUGGGUUUUGUGGGAUGCGUGGCGUUCAACACGAUCUACACACACCUGCGCAACAUCGAAAUGGCCUUUGUGCUCGCCACAACUAGCGGCGUUGUGUUUGUCGUUCUCGGCGACGUGUUUGUGUUUUGGGCUCCAACGCGGUAUGUUGGCCUCGUACUGCAAGAGCGCGUGCUGCAUGUCCCGCGAGACCUGCGGCAGUGCUCGUGGCGAGGCUGGUGGGAACUGACCGCGUGUACGGUCGCCCUGUCGGCUUCCUACUGCUACCUCUGGCAAGGCGACUUGCUGGUGGCCAUUCAACUUGGGACGUUCACGGCAAUCGUCGUGUGUGUCGUAAACGAUCGCAUUUUGAACUCGAUCAGCCAAUAUGAGCAAGCGAUGGUCCAUCAAGGCCAGUGGCAUGCCCAAGACCAGUCCAAGCUGCUUGCGAUGCCGUACGAAGUAUUGUUUGAAAUCGCGCGGAAUUUGCGUCCCGACGAACUCUUAGUUGUCCGCACGACCUGCCACAAGAUCAACACGCUGUUGCGUGCCGAGUCGAAGCGAUUUUGGCUCCAUGCGACGCUCCGACGCCAAUUUGGCUUGGCCAAGUCGACGCCGUCGCUCAAUACGCAUCGAUCGCUUAUCGUGGACGCAUGGACAGCGGUCGUCCCCAAGCUCUUUGCUCCGAGGUAGUGUCCGUCGUUCGAUGGAGCUUGAAGCCGUCUUCUAUAUCUUACGCACAUUCGUCGCCUUCUUUGACGUGCCAGGGAGCCGUCCACGGUUCUAUCGUCCAAGCUGGCGCACAACCGGGCGCUCAAGUGGGUGUUUCUGAAUGCCGACUGGAUUCGCGAGCAAAACCUACCCGUUCGCGACUCCCCGACUGUCGAGUACGUUGGAUUUGUAGAGUCGGUCAGUUUGUGGGCCUGACCUACCUGCGCAGGCUCGACGUGCAUGAUGCAGGCUUUGACGUGUUUCGCCACAUGCCAGACAAGGUUUGUCGGGAUGGAGCUGAAACACCAUGUCGAUAUAAUUGCGGUGGCGAUAGGAUUUGCUGGGUAUUGCCAUGACGCAGAACGCCAUGCUCGUGACGACCAAACUCUCCGUGCCUGGUCGCGUCUACGCGAGCAUUCAAGCCGAUCCGUUCAGUUUCGUCGUGUCCGAGACACUGUACGAACUCGAAGAGUUCUCGAUGUGGUCGCUGUGCUCCGUCGUCUUUAUCGCAAUGGUCGUGGCUUGUCUUGGCCAAGCCGCGGCCGGCCUCGUUGCGUCGGUGUCGGGCUCGUCGUCCCCUCCUGCUUAGGGCCGAGGUAUUUAUUUCAAAAUCCAUGGAAACUUCUUCGCUG